UAGGUUUUUGUUUUCGUCAUCUUUCCGGCAGCAAAGUUAAAAUUUCUGUUGUGUCUUCACCUUAUUUUCAUAAAAAAGCUGACAAAUGCUUAGUAAGGUCUAUUAUUAUUAUAGAUUGCGAUAGCAAUUAAUGUAAUUCAACAGAGUUUACCUCAAAUGAGUAUGUUCAAAUUCAAUUUUUCAAAUAGUGAGGAUAAUAAUGUUGAGGCUGCAGUGACAGAAACAUCUCAAGAUAAAAUAAUUGAUUCUGAUUUGAAGUGGUUGCCAGCAGUUGAAAUAAUACCUUCGAAUUAUGGUUCUGAACUAAUAACUGAAGGAAAAUGGCUCACAAAAAAAAUUUCUAACUCCGAUAAUUCAAUACAUUAUUUAUCUUCGGAGUCCAAUAAUUCAAAAGAAAUUUACAAGACUGAUGCUGAUAUAGAAGAAGCACAAUAUGAGGGUGGUUUCAAAGUUUGGGAUUGCACUUACCAUCUUAUGAAUUAUUUAUGUGAGAAUAAUCCUGAAGGUACAUUUAAAGGAAAGAAAGUUUUGGAUCUAGGCUGCGGCAAUGGUUUUCUGGGCAUAUUGUCAUUCUAUAUUGGCGCCGAAAUAGUACAUUUUCAGGAUUAUAAUGACAGUGUCAUAAAUAAAAUAACUAUUCCAAACACAUUGAAGAAUCUUCAGAGCUUGAACGACUCGUCAGUAAAAUGCAAAUUUUUUGCUGGAGACUGGGAGUCCUUCAGUGAUUUGGAUGAUUUCAAGUACGAUAUAAUACUGACAGCAGCCACAAUAUAUAAUACAAAAAGCUACAAAAAACUACUCUCUGUGUUCAAACAAAAGUUGGAAUUAUCAGGCACAGUAAUUCUAGCUGCCAAAUCACAUUACUUCGGGUGGGGUGGAGGUACCAGGAACUUUGAAGAAUUCUUACAGAAAGAUGGGUCAUUUCUAUCUCGUACUCUAUGGACAUGUUCAGAAGGAGUACAGCAGGAUAUAAUUGAAAUCAAAUUCAAAUCAAGAGAUGAAUUUUCUGGACUAUGAAAAAGCGGUUGAAGUGUCUGAAAGAAACAAUUUCAUAUAGUUUGAAAUCAGAUAGCCAACGAAACUACAAACUAUUAAGUGUAAAACCUAGAUCUCAGAAAAUACAUCAAACUACUUGCGAUCAAUAAAUGAAUUUACUGUACUGAAAUUACCAUGCUGCCUUUUCAUAUAUCACUCUUCAACAAGUUGGUCCAUCAUUUCGUGUCAGCAUCAGAUGCUCUCAAAGAUGAUUGGUUCGUCGAAAAACAUUACAACGCUCAUUGCGCCGAAGAACUAAUCUUACGGAAAAAAGUGACAAUUUGUAAAGAAAACAAUGUCUCGGGAGAAAGCAGUGGGGAAGAGGACUUGGAGGACGAUGGAGUUUUUAGUGAUGAAUGUGGAACAGAUAUAUUGACAUGGGAUUACCAGAUUAUAUUCAGUGAGAGUUUUUGUGCGCCGAUUCUGUAUUUCAAUGUUUCCGACUCUAGCGGCAGGCCGGUGAGUUUGGAUGGAUUGCAGGUUGAAACAAAAAGUAAUUUCGGUGUAAUCUCACAACAAAUGCAUCCGAUUUUUAACUUUCCUUUCUACUAUGUGCAUCCUUGUGACAUGGCAAGCAAUAGCAGCUGGUUUAAACUAGCAAAAGAAAGUGGAACCAAUGCAUUGGUAACAUGGCUUUCAACUGUGGCCAGUAUUGUCAAUUUAACAAUUCCUGAACAAUAUUCACGUUACAAAUUUGACUAUUGAAUCUCGAAUUAUGGAACGUUUUUUUUCUUUAAUGUAAAAUUAUGCUCAAUUAUCGCUAAAUUUAAUAAAGAACAUGUGAGAAAUGA